AUGAUUUCAGGCUUUGACGAACGAGCCUGGUGAUAUAUAAACAUUUUAAAGUUGAUAGCAAUGGUAGUUUUGUUAACAUAUUCAAAGUUGUCAACCAGUCCUGUCUUUUAAUAUUUGUGAUAUUGUUUUGGGAUUUUAAACAGACAGCGUGAUGAGGUUAAUUUUGCUCGUGAUUACCGUGCUGACUCUGCAGACAGUCCUUUCACAAGGUCAGCGUAAGAAGAAAGUUCCAAGUGUAUGCGACAAAGCCAAGAUAAGGUAUGGCGUUGGAUUUAAUCCUCAUCCUUUUGACUGCUCACAAUUCGUUCAAUGCUUCUACUACCCAAGGAGACGAGUGGAACCAGUCUACCGGACCUGCGAUUUUGGAGAAUUCUGGGACCAAUCUAAAUUACGUUGUUUACCCGCCAAAUAUGUAAACUGCAAAUUUGACAAAUGUAAAAUCCCAGGAACGCUGUUUUACAAACAUUCAGAUCCAAACAAAUGUAACGCAUACUGGCAAUGUGUGAACGGCAUACCAUACGGCCAAUGUUGCCCAGAAGGAGAAGGGUUCCAUCCAGUCCGUGGCUGUAUCCCAAACCCAUCUUGUAAAGAUAUGUGUCCGCUAAAAGAUCGGUUACCAGGUUGCAACAGGAAACCGGUAUCUGGAGCACCGACCAAGUUCGAACAGUACACAGACAACGGUAUCUGGGAGAGAGAAAACUGUCCUAGUGGAGCCGCCUACGAUCCGACCGACUGCGACUGCUCCCUUAAAGGCAUUAUUGUACCUGGCAGAAGAUGCAAACCGGAUGUUAAAUUAACUUUUGACAGAGACCAGAUUAAAGACAUUUCCGGAAACAACUAUAGAAUUUACUCAGAAGGUGUAAGCGUGUAUCGUGGCGCCGCCUACUUCCGGGGAAAUUCUCGUCUGGUUAUAGACCGAUUGAGGCCAAGUAAAAACGACGAAGGUGUACUUAUCAUCAAGAUGAGAUUCAGGGAGGACAAAAGACGACGAAGAUUUGUUCGCGGUCUUCAAGGCUUGGUCACUAACGGUCAUUGUGGAAAAGAACCGUCGGUCGUAAUAGCAAAGUUACAAAACAAAAUCCUUCUUGGAGCAGAGGCGAACAUAUCAAGGCAAUUUCCACUACCUAUCGUGAACAAGCCGUGGAAAGAGGUGAUAUAUAUUAAGGACGAUUACAAACUUACUGGACGAGUUUGCGGGGCCGCGUUUAAUGACUGGUGUAUAGGCAAACUUAGAGAUACUAACUGCGGGUACCAGAUUGGAGCAGCACCUGGUCUUGCUGGUUUUGUUGGACUGAUUGAUGAUAUAUCCAUAUACAGAUGCAAGCCCUUGGAUGCGGUCAUCAAUAUAAAUUAUUAAAGAAAGAUACUCAUAACAGAUCACUCAGUUUAUUACAGUUAAACUGGCAAAUGCUUCAUCAUUCUCAAAACAAUCUGUUCCACAGUUAAACAUUAUGGUCUAGAUAAUAAAAGUGUUUUUUUAUUUUACUUACUGUGCGUGUGAGACGUGUUUUCAGAAUUUCGUUUUAUCGAGAUAACAUGUUUUGAAUAACAUUUCGUAAGUUAAACAGAACCUGCAAAUUGAUUCCCAUUGUGAUAUUUAUUAUAUGAUUUUCUAUGAAUUAUUGGAAGAAUUAGACUUAAUAUAUAUUGUAUUUUCACAAUUCUGAACACCAUAUAUAGGUUUUACUGGUAUGGAACUAAAUAAUGGGCAAUUUUUUGUUUUAGGCCCCUCGGGUAACCCCGUUUAUCAUCUCGCGGGUCGGAGAGCCAUCAAUCUAUUAUUAACCUUACAAUGUCAUAAUAUUUUCUGAAUGUUUACAUAGUUCAUAGCAUUUAUACGCAAAAACACACAUCCACAUAUCAUUAUGCUUACUUAAAGCUUCAUAUCAACACUUGUGAAAUUUUAUGGAGAUUUUCAAAUGCUUUUUGAAAGAUAUUUUUUGAUACUGACUUUAUUUAUGUUUCUAGCACUAUAUUAAAACAUAAAAUGAGUACGAACAUAAUUUGGUCUAUGAUAGGUAAAGAAAGAAGAAUUUGGAUGUUCCCACAGGAAAAGCUUACAUUAAAUAAAAACAGUAUUACAUUUGUAUCUUUCCACAUUGAAUUUAUUAAAUUAGUUGAAUAAAAUUUAUAAAAUGCUUGGUAAAGCCUCGCUUUUUAUUAUUUUAUUCAAUUAAUUUAAUAAAUUUAAUAUGAAAAGACACUCGUGUACCAUCCUUUAUUUAAAGAACUAUUUAUUUCUUAAAUUUAAUAUCUAUAAAUUAAAACGGGUAACAUUUAGUUAAGACCAUUACAAAUACAUGGUAUAUAAAGAAUUGCUUUACGUAAAUGUAUUCAAAUGUCUUUCAUUUUUGAACAUCAUAGCUGUGUUUAUCCCGUGACUCUGAAAACAUUGCAAAUGAUGUUUGCUUAUUAUUUUUAUAGCUAAUGUAACAUUCUGAAAUUGUCCAAACACAAAAUUUCGAGACAGUUGGCAAAUAAACAAGUGUAAGUUCUCAACCUUUCGAGCAACCUGUUGGUUUCUUUCAACGACAACUUUAACAUGUGUGUGUAUAAAUGCCCAAAAUUUUAUCACGAUAUCUAAUGGUAUCUUUCAACGAGAAUGUUCCCAUUAUUAUGUAUUAUGUAAAUGUGUAAUUAUGAAAAAUUUUGCUUAUCCAAUAAAAUCCAUUCAUCAUAUUUUUUUUUUUUAUAAUUACGUCUUGGUAGUUCCCCGGGAAAAACAUGUUCGGUAAACGAGCAUUUCAUCCCCUUUCGCGUCAUUUUGUAUGAUUUGUGUUAUUUUUUUUGUCAUAAAAACCACAAUGUUUAUAGUGUAUUUUCAUUUAUCAUCAUUAACUUAUUGCUCAUUUGUGUGUUUGAUAGAUCAUUUAAUACUUGUUAAAUCUCUUUUGAAUAAAUUGUAUUGCUGUUAUAUUAAAAGUAUUUUAUAUAACAAA